AUGGAGGCCGACUCCUUGCUGGGCUCGGCCGUCUCCAGAAAAUUCUCGGGCUACGGCAACGCGCCCUGGCCCGGCACGGUGACGCGCGGCCCCGACGACAAAGGGAUGUAUUGCGUGGCUUGGGUGGAUCCGAGAGAUAGGGCCGUCGUCGACCACCAGUGGCACAAGCGUCGUGACGUCGAGGGCUGGGUCACGCGGCGCGGGCCCGCUGUCGUUGCGGCGCCGGCGCCGGCGCCCGCGGCGAGCGUCGAUGCCCUCUUCGACGAGGAGGACGACGCCGCGCCCGCGCCCGUGAAGGCGUCGGAGCGGCCGGCGCCCGUCGCGGCCGCGCCGCCAUCGCAGCCCCGCCCGAAGAAGAAGGCCAAGAAGGCGUCGUCCGUCGGCGAGCAGGCGCUCGCGCGGGCCGAGGCCGUCUGGGCUUCCGCGCCGGCGCCGGCGCCGCGGCCGAAGAAGGUCGCGUCGAAGGCGGCCGCGGCCGCGGCGCCCGCGCCCGUCAAGAAGCGGCCGUCGCCGCCGCCGCGGCCGCCGCCGAAGGAGGAGGAGGCCGCGCUCGAGUGCGUCCCGCGCAAGACGCCGAAACCGGCGCCCGCGCCGGCACCAGCGCCGGGCCCGCCGCCCCUCGCGGCGUCGUUCGCCGCGCCAGUGCGGCCCAGCGCGCGCGCGCCGGCCCCGGCGGCCGCCGCCGCGCCGAUCCCGCGCCCGAAGGCGACCCCGGCGGCGACAGUCGCGCUGUCAGGCCGACCGACGCCGGGUGGGGCACCGCCGUACGGAUUCAGCGCGAAGCCGCCCAAAACGCCCCUCGGGAAGGCGCCGCCCGACGCUGCCUUCUGGGGCACCGACGCGCAGAGCAAGGCGCUGGGGCUGGCACCCGGGCUGCCGCCGAUGGCGCCGCCGCCCGACGCUGCCUUCUGGGCCGCCGCGCGCGGUGAGGGCCAGAAGCCGCGGGCCGCCGCGCCGCCGGCCGCGGACCCGCGGGCGCGGAAGCGGGCGAAGAAGGUCUCGGCGAAGGCGCUGCAGGCGGCCGCGGCGGACGCCGCGGCGCCGGCGCCGGCGCAGCGCGGCGGCCUCGGCGGCUUAGGAAGCUACGGCGCGCCGGCGCCGGGUCGUAUUACAAUUCAGGUCCUCGGCCCCCGCGCUCUCGAAGAGGAGACCUGCGUGGUGAAUUCGACGGCGGCAUUGCGUGAAUUGUUCAAGGCCCAUGCGACGCGCAAAGGCUUCGAAGUGGAUGCGCUGCACUUCUCGGUUGGUAAUCUCAGCUCGCCGGCGCUCACGGGCAACGAGACGCCAGCGAGCCUCGGCCUCGUAGAUGGUAGCGAGAUCAUUGUCGCGAGAUGUGCGCCGCCGGCGCCAGCACGGAGCGGCGGCCUCGGCGGCUUAGGAAGCUACGCGCCACCAGGCGGCGCCACGGCCGCGCCGGCAGCCGCGCAGCCGGCGCGGAGCGGCGGCCUCGGCGGCCUCGGGAGCCACGCGCCGCCGGCGCCGGCGCGCGGCGGCCUCGCCGGCCUCGCGAGCUACGCGCCGCCGCCGGCGGGCGCCGCCCGCAUCCCCAAGCGCGAGCGGUCGCCGCGCGCCGCGCCGGCCGAGGGCUCGGCGCACGAGCGGCGCAUGCUGCGCCAGAAGGACAAGGCCCGCCGCAAGAAGUCGAAGUUCUCGCCGCCCGUCGAGGGCCCGUUCUUGGCCGCCUAUGGCCCCGGCGACGCGGGAACUACGACUCAGGUCGGCGCCUCUGGUAGUUACGGCCCCAUCGCCUCGGAGACUUAUGGUCCGGGCGGCGCGGCGCCCGUCGUCCCUUCCGCAGAACCGCCCAGCUUACAAACGGUGGGCUGGGCCCGGCUGCAGCCGGCUUCAACGGAGAAGGACGGCGACGACAGUGGCUGGGGCCCGAAGACGUUCCCGCGCGCGCCGGAUACGAAUAUCGGCGAGGUGUUGAGGGUCGUCUCGGUGCCAAGCGUCGUCGUGGGGUUGAUUGUCGGCGGCAAGGGGUCGAACUUAGAUAGGCUGCGGCGUUUGUACGGAAACACGCAGACUAGAAUAGCGGACCGCGACGAGCCCUCGACUCUUGGCUGUAAUAGAAGGAGGCGCAUCGCGUUCACGGGCGCGCCCGAGGCUAUUGAUGCGUGCAUCGAGGACGUGACGCAGACGCUCGCCGGCCAAUCGGCGAAGACGGGCCUGCCGCACACGAUCGAGGCAUGCGCGCCGCCACCAACUGGCUGGCCGACGGACGCCCUCUCGGGGCCCCUGGGCCACCGGGAGCUGAGCACGAGCAUCCCGGCGCCCUUCCUGCCCGGCGCGGCGGCGGCGGCGGCCGCCGGCGGCCUGAACCCGGCGACGGGCCUGCCGCACACGGCCGCCUAUCUGAAAAAGGCGGCGGCGGGCGUCGUGCCGACGUACGGCCCGGACGGCAACGCCGCGGUGGCCGCGGGCACCUACGGGCCCGCGGGCAUGGGCGCCGCGCCGGCGGCGCCGGUCCCCGGCGACAAUAGGUUACCGGGCCAGCGUUUGGUGGACGCCUUGUACGACUGGCUCGUCGCGAAUAAUAGAGAUGGCAUCGAUCCCACGUUUAUGACGGAGUUCCACGACGCGUGUCCGGGGCACCGCGCGAAGAAGUGCAAGGGCACGGGCAUCAAGCGAACGAUCACGCAGUUUGGUGGCGACAAGUUAAGAUGGGCCCACGCGCCGGGCGGCAAGGGUAAUGGGCGCGUGGUCGUGGUCGGCCGCGAACAACAUGGAGACGACUUCCGGGCGCCCGAGGACGCGGGCGCGUACGGCCCCGGCGGGCCAGCGACGGAGACGGCGUUCCCCCAGACGUACUCGUAUGGCACCGGGAUCAAGAAGCUCGCCCCUGGCAGUCCUGCCCUCGUGCUGACCGGGAGCCUCGCGCCGUCCAAUCCCAAUAGGUUACCAUUGGCAAAUAACGCCCAGGGCUGGGCCGGGCCGGAGGAACCCACCACGGAAACUGCGCCGGUGCUCCAACACCACCCCGCCGUGCGGCGCAACGUCGUUUUGUUGGAUUUAGAUCAAACUUUAGUGCACGUGCUCCCUUCCAAGGUUUUUCCGGGCAACGCCGACAUGCUCGCGGAGGGCGUCUGCAGGCUCCAGGCGUCGCAAAACCACGAGGACCAGGGUUUGGAUCUGAUGGUGGCCGUGCGCAAGGGCGCGUCAGAUUUAAUCUGGGCGCUGCGGAACGCGGGCAACGUGGAUUUGAGGAUCGUGACGAUGAACUUGGAGGGCGCGGGCGUCAUCAGGGCCAUCGCGGACCACCUCGAUGGCUUAGCUUCUGCCAAUAUCGGGAACGCCGCCUACUACUCGGCGAUAUCCUUGAUCUGGCGGGACCUGCCUGUCACGGUCAUCGACGCGGAAGCUCGACAAAGAUAUAGGGAGACGGGGAUGCCCCAGAAGUCGUUGCCGGCGGACCUGUCGCUGUCGCUGAUCGCGGACGAUCGUCUAGCGAUCGUGGACGACACGCCGGGGAUGUGGGCGCACGAAUUACAAGGGAGGGUCGUGCGCGUCGCGCCGUACGCGGUGAACGCGUCCUUCACGCCGGAGGCGCUGGCGUUCGAGAUUGGACCGCCCCACCCGUAUUUGGCCAAACUCACGCGGGACUUCUCGUCCGUCCUGAACGCGCGGGGGCGGGUCUGGCCGCUCCCGGGCUACACCGCGACGUCGGUCCAACACUGGAAUCCUACCGCGGUCCCGGCUGGGUACGCCGCGCCAGGCCCGGGCUAGAAUGUUUAAAUGUGACAUGAAUAAAA